UAACCUGUCAUUCAUUUAUUUCAAAUAAUUUUUUGGUCUAUAUAUAAUGGAGUGCGUAUUGGGCAUGUGUUUUAAAGACUUUGUUCUCUUGGCAUCAGAUGCUACUGAAACUCAUAGCAUUAUGGUUAUAAAGCAUGAUAGCCUUAAAAUGUACAGUGUUAAUCAAAAUGUAAUGAUAGGUGUUGUAGGUGAAAAGGGCGAUAGCCACGAAUUUGCUGAGUAUGUAUCAAAAAAUAUGCAACUAUAUAAGUUUAGAAACGGAUAUGAUGUAGAUCCAUUCAAAGUUGCACAUUUUGCAAGGAGAACCUUAGCUGAUGCCCUUAGAUCAUCAAGCCCUUAUUAUGUAAAUUCAAUAAUUGCUGGGUUUGAUCCACAGACAAAUCAGAGUUGCUUAUUCUUUUUGGAUUAUUUAGCAUCAUUGAUCCCUAUUCCAUUUGGAGCUCAAGGAUAUGGAGCAUUUUUUGCUAACUCUAUACUGGAUAGGCAUUUUAAUAAAGAUCUAAAUGAAGAUGAUGCAUAUUUACUUUUAACAAAAGCUAUUGAUGAGAUACAAAAAAGACUUUUAGUAAAUUUACCAGCUUUUAAAGUAAAAAUUAUAGAUAAAAAUGGACAGCGAAAUUUAAAAGACAUAUAUUUGAAGACAUCUUUUGUUAUUGAUAAACAAUCAACUUAAUUUAUUUUUAAUAUAUUUACUAACAUUA